AUCUGAAUGUACCGUCAAACGGGGUUAAGUGAAUCAUAUUUUUAAGCUCUAUUCGGUGUUCGCAUGAUAUUCCACUAUUGUGUUUGUGGUUAUGUUAUGGUGUUCUGUAGCGGAAGUGCUCUCUAUCCAGUCUCUUUUAUUACAAACAAAUGACAAAAUAAGACCGUCACAAGACACAAGUUAAACACUUAUUACAAGAAGGUUCCAGUUCGAGAGUGAGAGUGUCACAUUCCAGAGGAACUGUAAAUCAGUAAAUCCAGAGUAUGUUACUCUGAUAAUUCAGGCGCGGCAAAUUAGCUGCUUCCCAGUUAUGCAAAGUUUGGUAUAUCAAAUAAAUUAUCUAUUCAACUUCGAAUUUCCAAAUUCAACGACUGAUCUAAUGAGGUUGCCUCACCUGACAAAUUAACAUAAAAUCAAAAAUUUAGUAAAAUCAGAGUCACUCACUUUCCAGUAGGUAUUUAGGUUGUACCGUUAUGUCCGCUUAGGAACGCUGCAGCAGUACUGAACGCUUACAGUAUUUAUUUUAAACCUAAAUUUUUAGUAUUAACCAUGGCAAAAGUAUUUAUUGUAUCUGGCUGUAGAACUCCUAUAGGUAAUUUUCAAGGCCAGUUUGAAAAAUAUCCAGCUACCGAACUAGGUACUAUUGCUGUAAGUGAGGCUAUCAGAAGAGCUAAUUUGAAACCUGAAGAUGUUAAUCAAUGUAUUAUGGGACAGGUACUUACAGCUGGACAAGGGCAAAACUGUGCAAGACAAACAUCCAUUAAUGCAAAUAUACCUAAUUUAUCACCUGCAUAUACCAUUAAUAUGUUAUGUGGAUCUGGGUUGAAAUCAGUAGCACUGGGUUUUCAGGCAAUACGAAAUGAAGACUGCAAUAUUCUAGUAGCAGGAGGUCAAGAAAGCAUGACAAGAGCCCACCAUUCAACUUAUUUAAGAGGUGCUAAAUUGGGAGCACUUAAUUUGAGUGAUACUGUUUUGAAUGACGGAUUAACAGAUUUUUUUAAUAACAUCCAUAUGGGAAAUACUGCAGAGCAUUUGGCUAAGACAUACAAUGUUUCAAGACAAUUACAAGAUGAGUUUGCUUUAAAUUCGCAAAUUAAAGUAACAGAAGCCAUUAAAAAUGGAUAUUUUGAUAAAGAAAUUGUUGGUGUGCCUGAAAAAAGAACCAAAGAACUGAUUAUUAAAGAUGAAUUUCCAAAAACAGAUAGUUCUCUAGAAAAAUUGAGCAAAUUAAGACCUGCUUUCGAUUCGAAAGGUACAGUAACAGCAGGAAAUGCUUCAGGUAUCAAUGAUGGAGCUGCAGCAGUAGUUUUAGCAAAUGUAGAAGAAGUUAAACAGAGGAAUUUAAAUCCCUUGGCUGAAAUUAUUGCUUUUGCUGAAGUUGGUAUUGAUCCAUUAUGUAUGGGACUUGGGCCGAUUCAAGCAAUAACAAAACUACUUCAAAAAACUGGAUGGACACAAGAAGAAGUCGACUUAUAUGAAUUGAAUGAAGCUUUUGCGGUACAGAGUCUAAUUUGUAUGAAGGAACUUGGACUAGACCCAAGCAAAGUUAACGUAACAGGGGGCGCAAUUGCCCUAGGGCAUCCAAUUGGAGCUUCAGGAACUAGAUGUUUAGUGACUCUAAUUUAUAAUUUAAUACGUUUGGGAAAACGUAAAGGAGUUGUGGCUUUAUGCAUUGGUGGAGGCAUGGGAAUUGCAAUGGCAGUUGAAUUGUGCUGAUAAAUUUAUUUAUUUUAUGGUUUGGUAUUCAAGUACUUAUCAGCUAUAAUUUUAAUUUUUGAUGUGCCUACCAUUUUACAUUUACAACAGAUAUUCCCUGUCUAUGAUACACAAGUUAAAUUAAUUUAAAAUUAUUGUUCUUGAUUCUAUUGAAUUGUUGUCUUUUUCGCAAAGUUUAUUAUUAUUGUUAUUGCUUAAUUGGGAACGGUUUGAAAUAUAGUUUACAAAUAA